AUGGCGAAUCACAGCACCCCCUCGAACGUCGUCGGCAUCCACUACAACAUCGGCAAGCAGAUUGGCGAGGGCUCCUUUGGCAUCAUUUUCGAGGGCAUCAACCUGCUCAACCAACAGCAGGUUGCCAUAAAAUUCGAGCCUCGCAAGAGCAAAGCUCCUCAAUUGUACAAUGAAUAUUGCACGUACAAGGCUCUCGUAGGCUGUUCGGGGGUUCCCAAUGUCUAUUACUUUGGCCGGGAGGGCAUGCACAACAUUCUGGUAAUCGACCCGCUCGGGCCUAGCUUGGAGGACUUGUUCGGCCACUGCAACAGGAAGUUCACAGUCAAAACUGUAGUCAUGGUUGGCAAGCAAAUGUUGUCAAGGAUACAGGCUAUCCACGAGAAGAACCUCGUCCACCGCGACAUCAAGCCUGAGAACUUCCUCGUUGGCCGGCUGAGUUCUGAGACCGCCAAUUCAAUUCAUAUGGUGGAUUUCGGUAUGGCUAAGCAGUACCGUGACCCCGUGACGAAGCAACACAUUUCGUACAGGGAACGUAAGUCUCUCACUGGUACGGCGCGUUACAUGAGUACCAAUGCACAUCUCAGACGCGAACAGUCUCGUAGAGACGACCUGGAAGCUCUGGGUCACGUCUUCAUAUACUUCCUACGAGGUAGUCUUCCAUGGCAAGGCCUCAGGGCUUCUACCAACGAGCAGAAGUACGCGAAGAUCGGCGAGAUGAAGCAGACAAUUCCCAUCGAAUACAUCUGCAACGGCCUUCCUCGCGAGUUCAAUAGAUACCUCAUCUACGUCCGUAACCUGGGUUUCGAGGAUACACCUGACUACGACUACCUGCGGGGACUGCUCACGGAAGCGCUCAAAAGCGUCGGCGAAGUUGAAGACGGCGGAUACGACUGGACGAAUUCAAACAAUGGAAGAGGCCAGAAAGUCAACGACCGCCAGGGCACCCCUAACGCAAUCAUCGUUCACCACCGAUCUAAGGAGAGACAUUGUCCGCCAAGGGUACCACUUGACCGAGCUUACCCCAGAUCCUAUAGCAACAAGAUCUGUACCUGGAAGAAACUGGGACUAAGCAGCGUCGUGCCAGGCUCAGUUUCAACACAGCCGAUCGUACCUGAACCAGAUCCAAUUGCGCGACUCCGUUACAGAUAG